GUGUAUACAAAAAUGAAAUUUUUGGUACUUUUUGUCGCCAUCUUGGCAGUAGCCUCAGCCUCCGAUGAGCCCGCUCCCCAGAAGACGGUAGUGAAGCGUGGAAUCUACGGGGGAGGCAUCGGCUACGGCGUAGGAUAUGGAGGUGGCUACGGCAUCGGAUACGGGGGUGGAUACAGAAUAGGAUAUGGAGGAGGAUAUGGAGGAGGAUAUGGUGGAGGAUACGGAGGUGGAUACGGAGUAGGAUACGCCGCCCCAGUUAUUGCCGCCCCAGUGAUUGCUGCCCCCGUGAUUAGAAGCUACGCCGCGCCGGUCAUCGUUCGUCCCGCCAUCAGGGUAGGAUACGGAUACGGUGGCGGAUAUGGAGGCGGAUUCGGUGGCGGUUACGGCUACAGCAGAGGAUGGUGGUAGAGUUACCAUUAGUUGUUUUUAUUUUUGUUGAAAUAUAUUUUA